AUGGAAGACGUCGAUCCAUACAAUCGCCAGAAGUACUCGUCCAGCUCGCGCACCCCAACUCAGAGGGCCGCCUACCUUUCGUCGCAACCCAACAUGGACUCGACCGCUGCCCGCCGCUACUCGCCAAUGAACACGACCUCGCCUACCUCACCAUACAUGACCAGCCCGAACCAAUACACGCCCCAGCAGAUGCGACAAUCGCCUACGCGUCACAUGUACUCGUCGCCGACUCAAUCGCGUCCGAACCUCCCUCCCAUCCAGUCCAAUGCCGACUUCUACCCCUCGCCCUUCAAUCAGAGCGGCCCCCACUCUCCGCGCCUACCUCCUCCCAACCAGUCCCAGUCCGAGCCGCCCACUCGCGGCCCUGUUCCCGUCUUUACAAAGUGUGACAAUGUCGGUGAUUUGCAGCCUCGUGUCAACGCCCAGCCACCUUUCAGGAGAGCUCAUCCAGACGGCGGUUUCAUUUCGCCUCUGCAAGCUUUGACUACACAGUUGCCUGCAACAUACAGAAUUUGCAACCCAAAUUUCCAGUAUGAGAGUUCGCGCAACCCACGCAGAGUCCUCACCAAGCCAUCUAAGGGCACCAAGAACGACGGCUACGAUAACGAGGAUAGCGAUUACAUUCUCUAUGUCAAUGACAUUCUCGGCAGCGACGACACGAACAACAAGAACCGCUACCUCAUUCUCGAUGUCCUCGGUCAGGGUACCUUUGGUCAGGUGGUGAAAUGUCAGAAUCUCAAAACCCAAGAGGUUGUUGCGGUCAAGGUGGUGAAGAACCGCACAGCCUACUUCAACCAGAGCAUGAUGGAGGUGUCUGUUCUCGAUCUGAACGACGAUCACCACAUUCUCCGACUCAAGGACACAUUCAUCCACAAACAACACCUGUGUCUAGUGUUCGAGCUUUUGUCGGUCAACCUUCUUGAGAGCCCUAUCAUCAAAAUUAUCGAUUUCGGAUCUGCAUGUGACGAACGUCAGACCGUAUACACAUACAUCCAAUCGCGCUUUUACAGAUCUCCAGAAGUCCUCCUCGGCUUGCCCUACUCAGCGGCCAUUGACAUGUGGUCUUUGGGCUGCAUUGUUGUCGAGCUUUUCCUCGGCCUGCCUCUUUUCCCUGGUUCCUCCGAGUACAAUCAAGUGUCGAGAAUCACCGAGAUGCUAGGUCUCCCUCCCACCUGGAUGCUUGAAGUCGGCAAGCAAUCAGGCGAGUUCUUCGAGAAAACUCAUGACGAGUUUGGUCGUAAAACAUAUCGUCUCAAACCAAUGGAUCAGUACUCUAGAGAGCACGGCACAAAGGAGCAACCCAGCAAGAAGUACUUCUCCGCCACUACCCUUCCUGAAAUCAUCCGCAACUACCCAAUGCCGCGUAAGGGCAUGAAGCAAGCAGAGAUUGACCGUGAAAUGAACAACAGGAUCGCCUUCAUCGACUUCGUCCACGGUCUUCUGAACAUCAACCCACUCGAGAGAUGGACGCCACAGCAGGCUCGUACUCACCCUUUCAUCACACAACAAAAGUUCACUGGCCCCUUCCAGCCCCAAAUGCAUCUCAAACCAUCAUCUUCUCGCUCACCCGCCCCGGGCCUUCAACAACAGCAGCAAGCCGAAGCUCUAUCAAAGCAGCGUGCCCAGGCUGCACAGCAGCAGCAGCAUCAUCAGCAACAGCAGGCUCAGUCUGCAGCCAAUGCCGCCUAUGCCGGCGUGCACAUGCAACCUCCUGGCUACCCGGCCUCUCCUCACGCCCAGCAAUCACCCAUGUAUUCCAACAUGUACACUCCCACACAGCAGCAACAAGCUCCACCCCCGUACCCUUCGGCCGCCGUACCCAACACAUACAAUCAAGCGCCCAUGCUGCAGCAACCGCCGCCGAUCGCCUCCAUGCACGGCCACCAGCCUCAGCAACACGCCUAUCAGCACAACCAGCCUCAAUCGUCACUCUACGCUCAGGCCACCACACGAGCCGGUCGCCAACGUGCUUCCACCAUGGACUUGGCGAAUGGAAUUCCGUCAUCGUUGCAGCGAGUGGUAUCUCAUCUCGAUCCCAACGCACCCAUUCGCCUUCAACCCAGCCCAGCCUACUAUCCCCCUCCCAACGAACAAACAGGAGACGUCGGUAACGUCGGUGGUAGGAGGCGUAUGAGCAGAGGACCAAGAGAUGCCCGAAGCCAGACAAACUUUGUACGACAGCUAGAGGAUCGCACGCUGGAAGAAGGAUGGACGGGUGGUAACAACGGCGGCGGCGGUGGCGGUUGGGCAUGA